UGCGCGAUGAAAUCGAUACUUAACGUUUUUUACAAAAUCUUCAAGGGUUGACAUUUUAAAUUCUCUGUAGAUUUUGCAAAAUGAUCUUUUCGUGUUGAAACAAAAGUUCUGUUAAAUAUCGGAUUUUUGUUUCUGUGUAUUCAUGAUUCCUUUCGCAAUAAAUGAAGCGCAUCACCAGGUCCUUUACUUUAAUUUGCAACGAAGAACUGUGUCAAAUUAGUAACCACUUUGAAAUACAGAAGAUUGGGCAUAAUGAAGAAUGUGGUUCCAAUGUAAAGGAAUAGGAUGAGGACUUUCUUUUUAUCAGUUGCUUUAGUCGUUUUAUUCAUCGAUAAUGGAGGCAGUGCAUGUACUUUUCCAGUCAGUGGAACAUGGCAUAGCAGUAACUAUGGCAGCAUGGUAUUUUCCGGUUCAUCUCUUUACCUUUCCGGUUUUACGUUUGAUCGGACGUCAAUCGUUGGGAGCGGCUGGGAGUGCUUCUCCAAUACUGGGACCCAAUAUGUUGCCAAAACUAAUAUGACGAUUACUCUGAAUACUGGCGGGACAGCACACUAUGCAUACACCUGUUUUGUAUUUACCUCGGUGAAUACAUAUUCCUAUUACUAUUAUCAAAAUACUCCUGUAGAGAGUUUGCUAAAGAAUGAGAGAAUAGUGGCGUACCCAACAGGAACAACCGUCACUUCCAGUAACGUCUGCAGCAGUGCGCCGUCAGCAGCCGAGUUUAAUGUAAUGGUCCAGAAUGGACAAGAGGCAAACGCCAAAACCAAUAUUGGAGAGGUGAUGUUCGCUAACUUCCACUAUAAGUACAACGACGGUGUAUCGGAUAAGUGUGGGACGGGGGCCACAGAGAGCUUGCUGACCAUCUGCACGGACAGACAGACGCUUACCUUUGACUACACCGUCUGUAGCGACAACAUGAUGUAUUCCAGUGGAGGUGUAUUAGGAUCAGUAGCCACUGUCGAAUCAGGUUCCACAUACUAUACCACUGUGUACAACUAUGACAGUACAGUGGAUGAUGUCAACACGUUCAGAUUCACCUGCAUUGCAGCAGCCAUUUCUGGGACUCAGGUGAGCGCCACUAUAAAUCCUAAAUCCUGUAUAGCCAAUCAGAGCCCAACAUCUCGACCAACCAGCGGAGGGAUAUUUACCCUUGUGGCAAACACUCUCACCGCCACUGUCGAUAAUGUCGAUGUCGCAGGAAUUAUCGGAGGAAUCGUCGGAGGUGUUCUCUUCAUUGUCAUCGUCGUUAUCGUCAUCCUCUUGUGUAUUCGUCAUCACAAAAUAAAGCGAGCCAAGAAAGAGGUGAUAGAUCGACGAAUGAGGGUGUGGAAAAUCAAAAGCAAUGAAGACGAUUUCUAUGCAGACGAUGUUCCUUUAAAUGAAACUUCAAUGAAUCUGGAUUGUACCAAAUCAAGUUAUCCAGAACAGUCACCGUCAAAAACAACAAAAGUGUUUCAGAAGAAACAGAAAGGUCCAGAUUCGAGUUCCUACAUUAUACAAGAUGGUAAUUUGGAAGAUGAAAUUAGGAACCCCAUGGGUGAAAAAUCCUUUCAAGUUGAGACCCAUAGAAAUAAAGACAAGAUUCAAAAAGGUUUACCAUUUUCAAGACCACGUACUGAACACAUGCCGUGGCGGACUGGGAAACGCGCUGAAAAGAAGGGCUUUUCCUCUGAAAGAGGCUAUCCAUCCAUGUCCAGAUUUGGUUCUUUAAGCACCAGGAGCUACACAACGCUAAAAACAUUGCCAGACGAUUCGUCAUCUGGAUUUGGAUCCAUGUAUGACAAAGACAGCAUUUACACUAGAUCUGGAACGAAUCUCAAUCGAAGUCUUACCGCUGCAGGUAACCGGUUUAAAUCAGACUCGAACAUUUAUGCCAAAGCUAGAUCACUCACGGAGAGAAGUAUGGCAAGAGAAUUAACGGCGAUAAAAGAAACGCCCCUCAAGGAAACGCCAAAUUACAUGAAACCAACGAGAUCUAGAACUGCAAUGUCUAUCUACAAUGAACGUGCCAAAUCUCAACACAGUACAUUUCGCAACGAUGAGACAAAGUCUCGUGUUUUGAAGUCUCGUGUGUCUCAAAGGAAAGACACCCAAUCGCGAAUCACCAAAGUAAGCCACAAGACACUUUCGCCAAAAGAGAGAGUCAUGGCGCGAGCAAAGUCGAAAAUGAUUUUCAAAGAAAAAACUAAAACAUGGAGAAUCACGGAAAAGCAUAUGCCAAACCCCAAACCUGUGGAUGAGAGAUCAUUUGUCGAUUCGCUCAGGAGUAAUCCUCCCUCUAUUACAAAGAAGAAGAAAAAGCCCAAGAAGGUGAUUGUGAAGAAGUUAAAAACGCCAUAUGGUGUUGUUCUUGUUGAUUCCUCUCAAAAAAGAACGGUUUCUAUGAUGUCCCUAAACCAAUUAGCAGGUCUGGUGAAGAAACGAAAAACACCUUCUCGUUCGCAAGUGGAUAUCGUAUAUAAAGAAAAGGCUAGAGAAACAACGGUUGUAAAGGAUUCUGUGAAAGAAAACGAUGUAAAAAGUGAAACUAGUUCCCAAAAAGGCGGGAGAGAAUUCAUGGAGUCGGAACACACGUGGAUAGUCUCCGAACCAAAGACGGGGCAACCACCAGAAGUCGAACCUACGACCAACACAAAGACGGAUAAAGUGGACACUAAAUGUAACAGAGUAGGAUCUGAUGAUUCUGGAUUUUCUGACAACCACACGCCGCCAGCUGACAAACACCGCCAGUCUGAAGAACUAGAACUUAUCAACAUCCUUCCUCCUACCAGGCCGCCCAAGUUCUUUAAAAAUAUCGCAGACCGCGCGAAAACGGCAAAAUCCAGAAAACCCACAUGGAAAUGACGAACAAUGAUAAUUAGUACACUGUUUAAUAUAUUUGAUAGAAUUAAUUAAUUGCUGAUAUGUCAUUGAUGGAUUUUUUUGU